CAUGGCGGCGACGACGCGUUUGUCUGCUGCGUCCAAAUGCCAUUGUUGUGCGUUUGCUGUGUGCUGCCGUGACUGGCGCGACCGCGCGUUCUUGAUGAAGCUUCGUUGUCGAUCGGGACGCGCUCGAGCGCUCGAACUCUCGAUUCCCAGAACCUCCUCCCGUCCGCGGCACCGCUGUGCAUGUAUUUUUUGGAUAGUUUUUUGGCAAUUGCCUAAUGCGCUUUUAAAGUCGCUAGACGGGCCAGAAGUAGCAGCAAAAGCAGCAGCCGCACAAGCAACAGUUGAAUUUUGUUGUCGCGCGUACUUUGUUGGUCACAAUCGGUACGGUCGGUCGGUCGGUCGGUCGCUCGCUAGAACAAAGUCAACGCGUAUCCCUGUUUGAAAUCAAACAACUCUAGAUAAUUCUAAAACAAUUGUGAAAACUAAGCAAACUCUCGCUUAAAGGAAACAAAUCGGAAAUAGCUUUCAAAGAAAUGAAAUUACUAUUGUGAAUAGCAACUACGCAUUCGUUUUGAUGGUUCCACAAACCGAAUAAGUGAAUAAUUAAAAGGCUUGGAACAAAAGUGAAUAGUUCUGCGCCAUUUUCCUCAACAAAAUAUCAAAGGAGUUCUGAAAUUCUUUUUUAUUAAACUAUGCCUAGUGCAUUUAUGUAGUUUCGACCUAUGAAAACCAAGGGUAUCUCUGAAUCGCUCAGCAGUGCCUCGAAUAUCUGUGUGUAGUUCGUGCUACUUACGGUGCUAGAAGCAGAAAAUAUGUUCUUUAACUUUAUAAAUGUAUUAAAAUUCAAAUUGAAAAACUGCAAACGCUACAAUUCGGGUCCGGUAAUUACAGUUAGUAGUCGCACUAAUCGUCGGUCGCGUUAUUAAGUGCUCGGUAGUGUGUUACUUUCAACCGUGCAUCGGUUCGCCAAUAUUGGCAGCCACCACUAAAACUUCUACAACGGUCAGUUUAUUUAAAUUUAUGAAAAAUAUAUCUACACAAAUAUAAACAUAAAACGCAAAUAGUAAAGUAAACUUCCCAAAUAGUCAAACUUAAGGGAAAGUACAAGCAAAAGCAAAACUUAGAGAAGACGGUUCUUAACAACCAUAAAAACAACAACAACGUAACAUUACAAUUACAUCUACAACUACAACUAAAAGAAAACAAUUGCAAUCAGUUGGAGAAAAAUAAUUAAUUUCAAAAUAAUAACAGUCACAGCAAAAAGAACAAUAACAACAGCAUAUCCAUAAGAGUGAAAGCAAGUCUUUGGGGACGCUUUCAACAGCGCCAACACAACACCCACACAUACACGGACACGGAAGCGGACACAGUCAAGUCAGUCGCGAAGAUGGACGAAACACAGCAUUUCUGUUUGCGCUGGAACAACUACCAAAGCAGCAUAACGUCGGCGUUUGAGAACCUCCGCGACGACGAAGAUUUCGUCGAUGUGACACUGGCGUGCGAGGGGCGCAGCAUCAAAGCGCAUCGCGUCGUCCUGUCGGCGUGCAGCCCAUAUUUUCGCGAUUUACUCAAGAGUACACCUUGCAAGCAUCCAGUGAUCCUGCUCCAGGAUGUCAACUUUCUCGAUCUACACUCGUUGGUGGAAUUCAUAUAUCACGGUGAGGUGAACGUGCAUCAAAAGUCUUUGCAGUCCUUCCUUAAGACGGCAGAGGUACUUCGAGUCUCGGGUCUCACACAACAGCAGGCCGAGGAAACCCAUAGUCAAUUAGCUCAAAUACAAAAUCUGGCGAAUGCCGCUAAUGCCACACGCACUCCACUUAACUCACACCACACAUUGCUCGAUGAGCCGCCGCUAUAUCCACGCAACAGCGGCUCACCACCGCCACCCCCACCAUCCCAACAGCUGCCAUUGGCAUCCACACACAUCAACAGCCAGUUGUUUAAGCGCAGCAUGGCCAUGCUACGACGCGAGAGGAACAACUCCACACCAUCGGCCGAGGACUCGAAUAAUGCCAUGAAACGUCUGCGUGGACCCGACAACGGUUUGCCGUCUAGCAACAACAACAGUCCCGAAAUUGUACAUCAACGCAGCGCAUCACCACAAUUGACACCGGCCGAUUUCUCAACCAUCAAGCACAAUAAUAACAACACACCGCCGCUGAAGGAAGACAAACGUAAUGGACCAUCUGGUAAUAACGGCAAUAGUGGCAAUGGCAACUCGGACACUGGCAACGGCAACGGUAUCGCAAAUAAUGACAAAGUGAGCGGUAGCUUAACUUCCUCACCGCUAACACGCACCGUCGACGAUGUCAAAUCGGAACCCAUGGAACUGGUAUGCUCGAAUAACAAUCCGACAGUAGUCGAUGAGCACAGUAACGACUCGACUGGUGAGCAUGAAGCGAACCGAUCUAGCAGCGGUGAUGGCGGCAAAGGUUCUUUGAGUUCGGGAAACGAUGAGGAGAUUGAUAACAACAUGCCAACACAUCCUCCACCCCCUUAUCUGAUGUCGCCGGCAGAGAGCAAAUUAUUUUCACCGGCCGCCUUCAAUUUUCCCAUGAGCGGUCUAGAUCCUGCCACGUUAGCUGGUUUUAACUCGCAACUACAGUCAGCCGCCGAAAUAUCAGUUUCUCCGCAAGGUGGAAGCACCAACCUGCUUGGCGGCGUUAUAAUACCCGGUGGCAGUCCCAAUACAAGUAGUAGUAGCAACCAAAAACUGCAACAUGAACAUCUCCACCAUUCCACCACCACCACCACUACCACAACCACAGCCACCACAAGCUCCGCUCAUCAGUUCCACCACCACCAUCAUCAGCAGCAACAACACCACCAACACCUUCAUCAUCACCACCAACAACAGGAAGCAUCAUCUCCGCACCACCAACAGCAAUUGCUUCCCCAGCAUUUGCGCGGUGACCGAGACUCAGACCGUUCGAACACCGACUGCAGCCCGCACUCGCCAAUCCACCGAAUGCCGAAGCGACCGGCCAGUGAGCAGCCACAUCACACACAAUCCCACCUCUCGACGGCAUCCUCCCCGUCAGAUGUGAUUGCGUCCACACCACCGCCAUUGCCAGCACCACAGCACAUGAAACCACCUUCACCGCAUCACUCCCACCAGCAUCCGCAUUUUGGCCAUCAACAGCUGCCACUAGGCAUGUUGCCAUCACACCAUCUACACGCACAUCACGAACUAAGCGCGUCCUCGCACCACCACCAUCACUUGUCGCGCACCGGUUCGCCUCUGGACCAUCACCAUCUACUACACCACCGACGCUCCUCGCUCUCACCCUCGCCCACCGGUCGCGGUUCUGGCGGAUCUGCCGCAGGCAUACUCUCAUCGACGCGUGGCGGCGAUAUGGUGGGCGGAAGCAGUCGCCUGCUCCUACCGCUGCCACUGAACGCUUGCCACCGCUGCGACGUAUGCGGCAAAUUGCUCAGCACAAAGUUGACGCUGAAGCGGCACAAGGAACAACAACAUUUGCAGCCGCUCAACAAUGCCGUUUGCAAUUUAUGCCAUAAAGUCUUUCGCACGUUGAAUAGUCUCAACAACCACAAGAGCAUCUAUCAUCGCCGUCAAAAGAACCACCACUCCUACUUUCACCACAGCGCGGUGGGCGGCGGUGUGAGCGGAAGUCCUAGCAGCCGACUGCAUCAGUCGCUCAGCUCGCUGAGUGCCGCAGCAGUUGCCAAUAAUAGUGUCGGAGGGGGUGGUAACGGCAACGCAGUGGCAGCAGCAGCAGCGGCCGCUGCCGCAGCAGCCGAGUUAUUACUUUCGCCAAUAGUAGGCGCAGCAGCGGUGGCAGGAGGAGGCAGCGCCGGACCCGGAGUGCAGCUCUCGCAUGGUGGCCAGCAACAGUCCUCACCCAAUAUGGUGAAGCCCUGCAUGGAUUUCUUAUAAGAUCAACAUCAUCUGCUGCAGCAGCUCUUCCAUGUUGCUCUGAACGCUCCACAGCCGCCACCACCACCCUCGCUGUCUGCAAGCAUGAGUCCGUUGUCCGCCAUGGGGCAAGGCCCAAUGCCAGUUACAUCAAUGGUUGAUUUACAGUAUGGUCAUCAACUGCCGCCAACCGUAGACCUAACACAGAUGGAUCAUUACGGCGGAGCUGGCAGGAGCAGCGACGGCAGUGGAGGUGUAGACCGAGGAGCGGACCAUUAUGAGCGAAUUAAUCUGUUAGAGCACUAAGCAGCGCCUCAAAGCAGUAGAUCAAAUUGUUCUACGGAAACUAAACCUAUUACUGACAACCAACUAAACCGACCGUACCGAUCAAAUGAUCGAAAGAAAAAUGAGCAAUAAAAGCAAAACUCAAAAAAAAAGUUACCAAAAAAGUGAAAAUUGAGCUGAGGCUCCAACUAAAAAGUUCGAAGCGCAGUGAGAGACCGACCGACCCUCCCACAGUGAAACGAGCUAAAGAUUUUAAUAUGAAAAAAAUAACGGAACAAAAAAAACUCAGAAACAUGCAAAAAACAUUGAUAACGGAAUUAACUAAAACAACUGAAUUGAAAAAAGCAAGAAUGCAAAACUGUGAUUUUUUACAUCUCUUUUUUGAGUUUAUGAACAAAAUAUUAAGAUAUAAUUUUUCGAUGUACAACAUCAAGGACUCUUAUAUGUAAGCGAAUGCACUGUGGACAUAUACACAUUCAUUUAAUUUAAGCAUAGAGAUAACGGUUUGGUUCAGAUUCCGAAGGUACGGAUUCCUGCACACACACUCUGAUAAGGACUAAGCGGACAUUAGGUAUUCAUAAAGGUGGGACGUGACCUUUAGAAGUCCCUCUCUGCUCUUUUAUACCGCGUAACUUCAUGAAACAAACAAAUACAAAACUGUGUGAAUAUCAGGGGUUGGGCGAAGAUUGAAGACUGUUAGAGCAAUUUUAUUAUAAUUUCGAAUUCUGAUUUCGAUUAUGGAACAUAUCGUUGGCGCACAGUUUUGGGGUUUCUCAGAGCAGUUGGACACACACACACAAAGGCAUGUGCUUCGAAUUCGAACCCAAAGCAAACUACUUUAAUACAAUGACAUAAACAGCAACAACUAGCAACAUACACACACACACCCACACAGAAACACUAAAACAUACACACAUACAUAUGUAGGUAGAAUGAUAAUAAUGAGAUGUGCAAUUUUUAUUUGUUGACAAUACAAAUUUAUUUAGUGUUACUACUAUGUUUUCUCGUUAUAUAUACAUACAUACAUACAUAUAUAACUUUAUAUGUAUAUAUAUUGAUGUACUAAUUAAUGUGUGUGAAAGGGGAACAAAAGGAAGCAAAUAGUUAUUAAGUAUGGUCUGUACCAGUUAACCAGCACGACCCACGAGGGCGUCAGUGUGUCAGCCCAACGGCGGCUGCACUAAGCACCACCCACAUACCUUUGUAUAUACAAACUUACAUACAUAUAUACGCAAUUGGAAUGCGAACUUUUCGAUGGACUCAUUUCGGUACAACAACAACAACUGUAACUGCAAAUGUAUAGGAAUAUGACUUGUAAUAGUUUGGCAUCUCCUUAACAUUACAAAUACAUACGUACAUGCCUGUGCAUACAUGUAUGUGAGGGCAAAUGUUAAAACUAUAUGUACACACACAUACACUUAUAAAAUUCUUCAUAUAGCCAAUAACAUUUAAGCGUUUACCUACAACCAAUACACACACACACACACAACUGUAUAUAUACACAUGCAACGACGCAUAUGUGUGUGGCUAUGCGGAAUAUUCAAGAUUCACAUGCAGAGCAUAGGAUUUUCGAAGUUUUAAACUAAUUAGGCUAAGGAUAGGUAGGGAGGGCAUCUGCUGUACGGUAGGCACUCGUACAUAUUUACACACCCACACACACACACACACAUAGUUAUAGAAAGAAGUAAAGGAGUAGAACUACACCUUUGUAUAUAGGCGAUAAUUAGAUGGUAUGUACACGCAUACAUAUGUACAUAACUGUGUAUAAAUUUUAUUUUUUUUUUGUUCUUGGAGACGUUUUCGAAAAAUUGGAGUAUUAAAACAAAUAUUUUUUUACAAUUUUACAAUUCAUGGCGAAAUCAUUAAAUCACAUGGGCCUUCUUCGUCACUUGUUUCGUUUUUUUUUUUGACGGAACUCAAUAGUUUUGAAUUGACUAAGAAAUUUUAAUUUAUCAACACCGAUGGCAGAGUAGUGGUUGUCGAUAAAAAAAUUUUUACUCUUGGGGUAAGGGAGUUUCGUGUCAGCAGAAGCAAGAACUGAUAGAUUUAGGCAAUUAUAAAAAACAGAUUUAAAUCUCGUGCAAAAAUUAUUAUUUUUUUCUGCUCUUGGGCAAAUUGAUAUACAUACACUUUUUUGGUAUAUGUAUGUAUACAACUCUAUCGGUAUUGUGAAAUUUAUGAUUAAAAUUGUGAUUCGUGAUUUAUUGGCAUGAAGGGCGUGUGGAGUGUGUGUGACACACAUACACAUGCUUAUAUUGAAUCAAAAUUUUUGCGCUUAGCUAUAGAAAUUCGAGAAAAUGAAGAAAGUAAUCUAAUAAUUUUCAUUUCAUUUAAAGAAGACUGAGAAUUGGCAUUUCGAAAGAAGUAAAAUUUAAAAACCAAAAAUGAUUUCACAAAAAUUUUUUUAUUUUGUUUAUGAAAUUGUAUGUUUUGAGCGAAAUAAUAAAAAGAAAUCGCUCGUAAAUAAUAUUUGAUAUUUACCAUAUUUUGGAAGUACAUUUUAGAAGCAAAACAAAGUGUGCAAAAUUGAGAAUUUUAUGAAAAUUUACUUGAAACUUUAGUCGAACUCGAAAUCAAGUAAAUAUCCAUGUAUUAAGUAAGCAAAUUGAAUUGUAGAAAAAAUGGGAUUUUAUAUUUAAUUUUCGUACUAAAUUUUAGGAAAAAAAUACUAGGCAUAUUCUUGGAGGUGAAAGUCUGUUUUAUUGUAACAAUUUGAUACCAAAUUUUAUUAUUUACACAAAAUCAAAUAUAUUUUUUUUAUUUUUACUAAAUUUAGUUUUUUAUUAUUACCUUUGAUUUACCACCUUUAUCACGGCACUGGCCUGAACGGCAACGCUGUGAGGAGUUCAAAACUUUUUUAUGCUUUAUAUACGGUAUUUCUCGUUUAUAUUUACACACACACACACACAUUAGGUUUUAUAUAGUUGACAACAGAAAAGUCCACAUACGAUAUGCGAGGAAGUGUUUCGAUCCGCACGCAUACCUAUUUAUGGGGUACCGUUAACUUUAUUUCAGCAUUUCUCAUUAGAUAUGCGUAUAUACUUAGUUUGAACUAAAGUGCUUUACUAACACACUUACGAAUUAAAUUCACUAAUAAAUAUAGUUUAGAAAAUUAAUGUUUUAUAUAAUAUGCUUUACAUACAUACAUAAAUACAUACAUACGAGUAUAAUCAUUAUGCGUUUGUGCAUAUGUAGCAGUAGGAAAGGCAAGACUCUGAUUUUGUAAAUGAGAAAAGUGUAUGAGAACGAUAUAUAAUAUCCAUUAAAUAGCAAAUAGAAUUUUAUAAAACUUGUAAAAAAAGUGUAUGUAAUGAAACGAAGAUAUAUAUAUGCAUAUAUAUAUGUAUAUAUGAUGAAUAUGUAUAUGAUAAAAAGCUAAACCUAAAACUUGUACACAAAAGUCUCCAGAGCGUGACAAAAGCAAAAAAGCAAAAUAAAGUUUAUAGUUCAUACACAUGUAAGUAAUGUAUGUAAGAGUAAUAUUAUUGUAAAUACUUUAAAUGCUUAUUGUAAUUAAAAGCAAGAGAAAUAAUGUUCGUUUGUUAAUAUGAUUUUUUUAUUAUUAAAUGUCGUUUAUAAACAAAUUUAUAUACAAACCAAUACCAACAUACAUAGAUACAUAAUUACAUACAUACAUAUACUAUACACUUGUACGUUCAACGUUUCUCAACUUGUGUCCUUUAACGUUAAUUUUACACAUACUACAACGCAAACGUGAGCCACUGUAGGAGAUUGAAACAAAUAAUAUAUGAACGAAACAUAAAGUACCACGCCACCACAUGUGGUACGCAUACAAAAACCAAAUAGCUAUAAGACAAAUCCAUCAGAAGCAUCAGCCAACCGCCAUAGAAACAUACAAAUAUUCAUAUAUACAAACACAUACCUACAAAAAUCCUGUCUGCGUCCUUCACAUCCCAAAUCACCCAAACCCAACUCCCUUCACACUCACACCCACACCCGCACAAACACUUGCAUACUAUAAGGUCUCCAUACACUCUCACAGCACCCCAAGUCCACCUGCCCAUCUCCAAUAAACUACUCAUACAAACAUCAAGCUACUACUACUACUACAAUUACUACUGCAUACUAUAUAGCAUUAUGGAAAUAUUGAAUUCUUACAAUAAAAACAUAACAACUGUAAUCGAAACAAAAAAAUAGAAUGUCGUGUCUCUUAUUGUUUUCCUAAGUGAAUUAUGUGUGUACAACUCCGAGCUACAUGUUCUUAGAAUACAAACAUAACCAUAGACAUAAGCCAUAGACCAUAGUCCAUAGUCCAUAGACCAUAGACCAUAGAAAGGAAGAGCCAAUAAGCCGAUAAAAUAUGAAAAGAGCAAAGUGGACAGUACUGGUUUUUAAGUGAUUGCCGCAAGACUCUCCUAAGUCAUAACAAUAACUAAGAACCUAUAAUAACCAUAGCUCCAAUAAAAUAAACUAAAUGAA